AUGUCAUCGUCAUCUAUUACAAUCAAUAAUAUCAAGCAAAGUACAAUCAUAUCUACUCAAGUCUUUGGCAUUAGCCUCUUCAUCAUCGGUGUAAUUGGUCAUACUUUGAGUAUUUAUGUUUUUACACGUCGUAUAUUUCGUUCAAAUCCAUGUGUAUGCUAUUUUUUGGCAUCAACAGUAUCUGGGUGUGUUGUUGUUUAUAUAAAUAUUCCACUUAAAUUACUUCAAGUUGGCUAUAAUAUUGAUGUAUUCACAUAUUCAGUUGCAAUGUGUCAAUCUCUAACGUAUAUCUUAAACAGUGUUCGAGUAUUACCAUCUUGGUUCAUCGCUCUAGCUUCAAUUGAUCGGUUUCUUUGCAGCUCAUCAUCUGUUACGCUUCGUGGAUGGAGUAGUAUGCGUAUAGCUUAUCGUGCUAUUCCAUGUACCGUUCUGUUCAUUGGUAUUGCGUUCAUUCAUGUACCCUUCUAUAAUACAAUUUUGCUACCUCAACGAUCAUGUAGUAUUGCAUCGACUGCCUAUCGAAGUUUUUUUGGUAUAUGGAACUUAGUUUUUUGGAGUUGGAUACCAACUAUAUGUAUGCUUGUUUUUGGCUUGCUUACUAUUCGACAUAUUCGACAAGGAAGCAGAAGAAUAGUACCACAAAAUACUGGAAAUCUGCGUCAACGAGAUCAAAAGAAAAUAAAUCGACAAUUAUUUCAAAUGUUAAUGAUUCAAUCUUUUGUAUUUGGCGCGACAACAACGAUUCUUUCCAUAGGUAACCUGUACGUUUCAAUAACAAGUAAUUUAAUAGUGAAAAAUGAUGUAGAUAAAGCUAACGACACUCUUCUCGCAACGAUUGUAAAUUGGAUCGCUACUAUUGGCCCAUGUACUAAUUUCUACUUGUUCGUAUUGUCAAGUCAAUCGUUUCGUGGUGAAGUAAUUAAAUUAUUUCUUCGACUACGACCGACACCAACAGCUAAUACAAUAACUGCAAGUUAUAUACCACAGACAAGAUAUUGA